CCAGUGUCAAGAGGAAGCGGCUCCCCGCGCGCCAGGGCACGCGACGCCUGCCGCUGCGUUCCACCUUAACACGCAGCCUCCGUCAGGCGUGCCGUAUGCAAAUGAAGGCUCGCGCGCAGGUGAGCCUCAUCAAGUCGGCCGUUUCUCCGGCUCAGCGCCGCCAGUCGCGCCUUCUGCUUCGGAUAGCAGAGCGAAGGUGCCAGCGCGGAGACAGCCACGACCCCCGCGGCGGUCCCCGUUUGUUUGCUUUCCGAUCCCGUUGUUGCCGAGAACGGGGCUCCUCGCAGGCGGCACGGCGGGCUGAGUCCUGCCAGGUUUGGGUGGCCACUACCCCGAGCACCGCUGUCGCCGUCCCUUCUCCGGAGGAGAUGCUGCCGCGGUUAGCGGCGACACGCCUCAAGUUCGCCGCAGGUUUCCUGCUCGGCUGCCUCCUGUGCUCCUUCACGUUCCAGCAAACGAGGCUCGGCAGGGAGCUGCGGGGCUGGCUGGGGCCCUCCAGAUGGCAGCAGCAGCAACAGGGCAUCGAGCGGCGGCGCCCGAGCAACGCGACCUCAGAGCUGCAGGCCCCUCAGGAUGUCUCUAGUGCCCUUAGGGUCCUCUGCUGGGUCAUGACCUCGCCCCAGUCCCACCGGAAGGCGCGCCAAGUCCAGAGCACCUGGGGGCGCCGCUGCACCGUGCUGCUCUUCAUGAGCUCCAGGGCAGACCCCAGCCUGCCGGCGGUCGGGCUCAACACGUCCGAGGGGCGAGGCGCGCUCUAUCGGAAGACGAUGGCCGCCUUCACGCUGGUCCACGACCGUUACCUGCACGCGGCCGACUGGUUCCUCAAGGCGGAUGACGACACGUACGUGGUGAUGGAGAACCUCCGGCUGCUGCUCUCCAAGCACGACAGCAGUCAGCCGCUCUACCUGGGCCGCCGCUUCAGCCCUUACGUCCAGCAGGGCUACAUGAGCGGCGGGGCGGGCUACGUGCUGAGCCGGCAGGCCCUGAGGCGCUAUGUGGCAGGCCUGAAGGAUGGCACCUGCACUCACACGUCUUCGGUGGAAGACUUGGCCAUCGGCCGCUGCAUGGAGAGCCUGGGGGUGCGGGUGGUGGACACGCGGGACGUGCAGCGUAGGGAGAGCUUCCACCCCCUGUACCCCGAGCUGCACCUCAUCCCGGGCAUCCUGGCGCCCAGCCACUGGUACUGGAAGUACAGCUACUACAAGGCCCGCAACGGUCCUGACUGCUGCUCCGACCUCUCCGUUUCAUUCCACUACAUCACCCCGGAAGACAUGCACAUCCUGGAGUAUUACGUCUACCACCUGCAGGUCCCCGGUCACCAUCGAGACGACACGGUGGACUUCCUGACUCCCUAAGGACAGGGCCAUGUACUCGCCUGUGCCCACCUUCCUCUUGCCGGUUGCCUUUUGCUUUCCCACCUUGGCUUUUGUAGAACCUCCUACCGAGGUGAGCCGACCUUCUUGCCCUGAUGAGCUCUUUGAUUGCCCCCUGAAUGUUUUGUGGCACCUGCUUGGUUUGACUUGGGCACCUCAAGGACCGACCCCACGUGAGAAGUGUGGGCUUAAUCAGCUCGUCACCUUUGAUGCCUUAUAGCGCCUUGCACUCCAUUUUAGACAUGUUUGCUCGCUGGUGGCUGCAGUGGUCACCCUGGGUCUAUCUGAAGGUGUCCUGCUGCCCACCUGCUGGUGGUGUAAAGUGCCAGCUUGCUGGCUCAGUUCUGUGUGUUACGCACACAGAAGGCGCUAUAUAAAGGGAACGGUUAGACAUUCACCACGACGGGUCCCACCCUUAAAGUUUAGCAGUGAAGCUCGCAGGCCGACCGAGUCAACGCGCCAACGCUGAGCUUAUCUCAGAGCCCCACCCAUGCCAGCUGGGGAGCUGCUGUUUAUCUCCUUGGCCCGCCAGCUGCUCUCUUUCAGCGUGCGCUGAGCCCAAACAGAAGGCAGCACAAGGCCUGCGCUGUGACCGGGGUUCAAUCGGGCAGGAAAGUGCCAGCCUCUGGGAUGUCACUUGGCCACCUGGGAAGCUGGCAGGGGUGUGACCACACCUGCCAUGUCCUAACUGGACGACGAGUGUGUCUCGGGAGUCUGAUACCGUGUCACUUGGCAUCUCUUUGAUUUUCACGAUUGAAGGGCUGUGUGCCACUGAUUUUGAUUAAUGCCAGGUGUCCUGUGGUGCACGAGCGCCCUCUAGUGGCCACACUUCAGUGGCUAUGCUUGGAGGGCAUCUGUCCGCCGCGGUCCACAGUGGCCACAUGCAGGUCCAGUUCUGCCUCCAGUCUCAUCCCACCAGGGGGCGCUUCACUUCUGCCUGAGAGAGCCUGGAGGGAAGUUUAGGGUGAGGAGCUCUAAAAGCAGGGCAGCCUCAGGGUGGCACAGUACUGUGCUCGGUUGGCAAGGUGCCUCCCACACAUGUGGGCCUUGUUCGGGCUUCUGGGGGCAAUAGGCAUGCCAGAUGUUGGCACUUUGUGUCUCCGCCUGCAUUCAAUGCCUCCUCCUACCACGCAGCAACAGCUUGAGCAGUCGACAGGAGAGUCUCUGGUCGGUAGAACUGAGCCGUGCUGCCCGCCUGCCUGCCAGUCACGGGGUCUGAAGACUGCCAACCAGUGCUCCGAGCAUACUGAUGGCAGCCCAGUGCCCGCUUUACCAUCCUGUUUACAGAAAUGAGACGAACGAACGAUGCAGUCCCCCACGAGACCCUUUCAGGACGGACAGAUGCGUUUGGUGGCCUCGGUGGUCCAUUAUUCCCGUGUUACAGGUCUUGGGCCGGACCACCGCCGUCUUGGGUCGUACGUGGGGUUGAGGCUGAGUUACGUUAAGCAUCUCAAUACCCGCCGAGCUCCUUUAAUGUGAGGCGCCUUCAGAAGGUCUUCACCCCCUCAGCUCUUUGACAUUUUGGGAUGUUGCAGCCUUCUGUUAAAAUCGUCGCCAUGCGCCAAGCAACACUCAGUGCAGCAGGAUGAGAAAACGAAAGUGGGCAACGUUUCAAAUUUAUUACAGAACAAAGCAAACGAACCUGAGCCGUCCCACUGCCCGAGUACUGAGGGUCUUCACUGCCAUUCCAGCCUGCAGUCGUCACCCCGAGCUUCGCUCAACUCGAUUUGUAUGGAUGGGCACCACUGGGGUUCAAGUCUCAGCUCUGGCUGGGCAACUGUCCCUACGCUGUCCCCUGAGUUGUCUUUGCUUUGUGACCCGUCGGUCACUCUGAGCAGGUUUUUCAUCAAGGAGAUCCCCAUUCAGCUUCUCCAGUCUCCCAGUCCCUGUGGCCACCGACACCAGUGCUUCGCUACUGGAACGGCACAGCGAUGAGAGGUGCCUGCCGUCCUCCAGACACGACGCCAACGUUGGUUUCACCAGGCCAGAGGGGCUCGUUUCGCUCGUGUCCUUAACGCAGGAGCAGCUUCUCUCCGGCCACUCUGUCCUCAAGCCCACCUUGGUGGAAUAUCGCGGUGGGGAAUGCAGAGAAGAAUAUUCCUUAAAAAUCCUCGGAGAGAAUCAUCCAUCAGCAUAUAUGAAAAUAACGCAGCAAGGGUUAAACUAUCAAAAGCCAUCGCCUGUCCCUCUUUACAGCUGUAAAGCCCCCAAAUCGAGUGCCCGUUGUUUGAGGCCUUGGCAAGGAGAGAAAAACCAGACGGGCGGCGUGUCUCCAGUUACAGGGCCUGCCCGUCUGGACGGGUGAGGACAAGUCAAGAGAAAGGAAGUUUCCAAGAGCCAGCCGCCUUAUUGCUUUAGGGGCACAGCUGCCCAGCCUCCAGCCCAGCGUCACAUGAGUGGGUCCGCCUGACUCCGACUUACUGGUGGGAUUCGAUUGAUGAGCAGGUUUCGGACACCUGCACGGGAUAAGGAGCCAUGUUGGAAAGUUUAGGCUGACGGGCAUUAGGUAAAGAGCAGCCGAGUGGGCAGGACAACGCGCCCGUCUCAUUAAGCCAAAAGGUAUUGGUGGGCCUACGUAGGGGCAGCAGGUCUAAAGCUGCGAGAUGACUGGGCGUCAGAUGAGGAGGAUGAUGAUGAUGAUGAGAAGAAGUGUAAGACUAAUACGGUUUGCCCAGCUUUGGGCGCUCACUUGAUCGGGGUCCGUGUUGGCAUCACGCAGUAACGCUCGAUUCCGUGUGCCUUGUUUGAGCAGCAGCGCCUUUCAGCCACAACAGGGACUGUCCUUCUGGAAGUGUCUGCCACCUCCACAUGGGGUCUCUGGAGCUCGGCCAGAGUGACCGUCACAUUCUUGUCCAUCUCUCUUCUCUGGUGGGGUGGUUGUUCCUAAACUUGAGGAGGCCACUUUGUCCCUGGGGUCCGUCAAUGCUGCAGGACAUUCUGUGCCACCUGCCUGAAGGCUCACGGUCUGUCAUCGGUGGGACGUUCUGCAGACAUCUCGGCGAUGAUCAGGAGAAUGGGAUGCAGCGGCGCCAGAGCUAAGGGCCCGACUGCGCUUGUCUUUUUCUUAAAUGUUGAAAUUCGUCUUCGCUUUCCCCUUCUGAGCAGUUUGUGUUGCUUGACGUGCGAGUAAAGAGUUUGAAAGACGAGAAGACGUUCCAAGUGCGCUGCCGUGUGCCCCUCCCGGGGGUCUCCUUUCCCAGCAUGCCAUCGGCUGGAGUUUGUCUUUCCCUUCAACUCGAUUGGCGUCGUUUCCAUUUUAUUUUAUUUCUUGUUCACUUUUUGUAAUUGUUACUCUGAGCCACCACUUUGAAAUUAAAAUGUUCUUUCAAUUUUCAAAAA